CUCCACUCGCUUCAUCUUUUGUCAGUGCCAGUCGUGACGCAGCGGAAGGCUCGGCUGUUUACGACGUGUAAGACUGACAGCCGCUGCCCAAGUUAUCAAAUACCUACUCUAUCAUAAACGUUUUCCCGCCUCACGUCUUAUUAGCUUCAUCCAUUUCAUAUUAUCCAACUUUAUCACGUCAGUGCUUUCGGCAUGAUCGUUGAGUUAAUCGAACUGAAUACCGCAGCGGUAGGGAUAUUGACCAUAGCACUCUACUUCAUCGGAUCUUGUGUAUACAAUGUCUAUUUUCACCCCUUACGAUCCUUUCCAGGACCGAAAAUCCUCGCUGCAUUCUCUUUUCCACGAAUUUUCACUCGCACGAAGGGCAUAGACGUUUUCUACUUACGCCAGCUGCACGACCGAUACGGUGAAGUAGUCCGUACAGGUCCAAGUGAACUCAGUUUUACUACUAGCCAUGCGUGGAAAGACAUAUACAGCCACUCAAGUUCCGGAAAGCCGAUCCUACAAAAAGACCCCGAUGCUUACGGCGGGUCACCACCAGAGGACACUGGCAUGUUUGUGGCUGAUGAGGCAAAUCAUACCCGCCAGCGUCGUGCCUUUGCGCCCGCCUUCUCAGACCGUGCACUAAAGCAGCAGGAACAUCUCUUCCUGGAGUAUGCCGAACUGCUCAUGGAAAAAUUAGUUGAGAAAUCCUCGCCGCGAGACGGAGCCGAAAGCGGCACGAGCGAAAAGGUCAAUAUAGUCGACAUGUACAACUUCACAACCUUCGAUAUCAUGGCAGACCUUACCUUUGGUGAGCCACUGCAGAUGCUACGUGGUUCUGUCUACGACGUCUGGGUAAAAGGAACUUUCGAUGCAAUCAAAUAUGCUUGCCUCGUUAGCACCCUUCACUUCUACUUCCCCACGAUGGUAAAGCUUUUGCUUCAUCUACUGCCACCGAGCCUGAGAAAGAAGCGAGAUGAUCACUUCCGCUACGCUGCCGAGCGCGUUACCAAACGACUUCAGCGGCAAACGGAGCGGCCGGACAUCUGGGGUCUCGUUGUUCCAAAGGAUGGCGGACAAGCAACGCUUACCCUUAAAGAGAUGCAUGGAAAUGCAGGGACGUUUAUGCUAGCAGGAUCUGAAACCACGGCCACGCUACUAUCGGGCUUAACGUUCCAUCUUCUGAAGAACCCGGAGAAAAUGAACAGACUGAUCUCAGAAAUCAGAAAUACAUUCCAUUCGAAAGAAGAUAUAACGCUGCAGGGCCUGAUGCAGCUGAAGUAUCUCCAUGCGUGUUUGGAGGAGGCACUACGGGUAUACCCUCCUGCACCAGCAGGCUUGCCUCGUCGGACACCAAGGGGAGGUUGUACUAUUGCAGGAAGGACUGUGCCCCGAAAUGUUACCGUCGGCCUCCACCAAUACUCCGCUUACCACUCAUCGCGCAACUUUGCGCUUCCUGAUGACUUUAUCCCAGAGCGCUGGCUGACAGGCACGGAAGCCGACGCACGUUUUGCGAACGACGACAAAGAGGUUCUGCAUCCGUUUUCAAUUGGACCAAGGAAUUGCAUCGGCCAGAAUCUUGCAUACCAUGAGAUGCGCCUUAUAAUGGCGUAUCUGUUGUGGCAUUUUGAUGUGGAGCUUUGUGAUGAGAGUAAAGAGUGGACGGAGCAGAAGGUGUUGUUCUUGUGGAUGAAGCCGCCUUUGAUGGUUAGACUGAGGCCUGUUGUGAGAGAAUGAGUGGCUCAGUACUGUUAGCAUUGGACUGACAUAUUGGCUGUAUUAUUUUGGUAUCCUCCGCUCCAAAACUUACUUUUUUUUAUCUACAACAUGACGGC